AUGGGAAAAGGCAAGCGUGGCCCUGGUGAUGAGGAGGAAGGAGUGUUGUUGGCCACAGCCGCCAAGCUUGUGACGGCAGUCCGUGCCUGCUUGGGGAAGUUUUCUUCCUCGAAGCCACCAGAGCCUGCCACAGAGGUCGUCGAGCUGCUUCAGGACAUGAAGAUUACGCCGCGCUUGGUCAUGCAAUUCCACAAGAUCUUCAAGCGGCUGAAGCAGUAUGACUCCAUCACGCUUCGGGUGGGGCCCAACGAGGUGAGCACCGCAAGUAUGACCAGGCUGGUGAAGAACCACAGGAAGUGGGUGGCGAAGAUUAUGAUUUUGCUCCUGGACUUGGCAGGCUUCAAGGAUACGGUGACUUGGGAUGGUUUCCUGUAUGUCACCAUGCAGUUUUGCGCAUUGUCCAAGCUGGAGCUAUGCCAAGUGAUGUUCUAUGUGGUGUGCAAGGAGAUGAAGAGCUGGACAGUACACUACCUCACCAGUAGUCAACUGGAGGAGUUCUAUGAUGAUUACUACACUUGUCCAGUGGCUGCCUUCAACACGAACACCAUUGACUUUGCGAAGCUGCCCUUAGCCAAGUAUCGAAUGCAGGACUUUAUUGAGCUAUGUUAUAGAUUCAGCCAGCUGGUGAAUCCCUGCAUGCACCUCCAGAGGUCUUUGCAGCAGUCGCUACCUUCACUCAGGUUUUGGUCGGACUACGACACUGUGAAGGUGUACAACCGCAAGAUCUCCAUCGACUUCUUCCGCUUCAAGAAGGUGACCAACAUCCUGGAGCUGAUGCAGCGUCAUGCUGGCAGAAGUUUGGGGCCAAUACAGCAGCAUCGAUUUACGAUGAAUGAGCAGUUCAUGAUCGUCGAGAACUCCAGUCCAGGCUUCAAGGAUGACAUUGAAAAGUUCAGAGCCUAUGUGCUGAAGGCCAUGGAUCUUUGCAGACCUGCCGAGUGUGGCAUUUUGCCUUUGCCCACGCUGGGGGUGCGUCCGCCCGAAAAGCAAAAGCUGAUCCGAGAAAUGCGCUUGCCUAAGUGGAUGCAUGAGCAUUUGGAGCAAAACGAGGCACCCGGACCUCAUGGCGGACAAGCUCUGGGCCAUGCUGCAUUUUUGGAAGCCAGCAAACGGGAGAAGGUCCCGUCGAUGCUUUCGGCUGCCCAGAUGCCCAAGUCUGUGGAAGAAGCGGAGGAGUUGAUCCGCUCCACCUUCGGGGAAAUGGCUCAGCAAAGCAAGGUGAAGCAGAUCGCUGCCAACUUGUUCCAUCACGCCGCAAAGCCUCCCAGCGAAGACAGCCGAGUCAAAUCAGUAGUUCGAAGUCAAGAGCUCGAGUUCAUUCGGAUGAGCCGGCAAGACCUGGAGCCCCCAAACCUGGUACGUUCGAUGUACAGACUUUUUCAGGAAGAAUUGAUUAACAGAACUCCAAAGGAGCCAACAGCUUGA